CGCCCUCUAGUGGCCAAACAAGCUGCAGCUAUGUUCUUGUUCAUCCAGCCUCCUGAAGGACUUGAGGAUCUGGGUGGAGAGACUAGACUUAAAGUCAAACACGAGUGAAAAAUCUGUUGUAGUCUGAGCUGGGAAAGCCACCUCUGUGGGAUCAUGGCUGCAAGAUUCUGCAGAUUUCUGCUCCUUGCUGUAUUUCUCGGUGAACUGAAUGCUUCAAGUAACCGACCAGCUGUGAACCAGGAGUUAUCCAACAUUUUUAAUGAGCUCUGGGGCUUGGACGUGAAUCGGAUGAACCCUGGAAUAGACUACACCAUCGCUGUUCAGGGCAGAGCAGGAUUUGUAAGCCAGGGCAGCCUGGUGGUGCAGGAUCACGCCUCUUUGCCUCUGUUCUCCAACGUUAAUGAAGCAAAACUGGGAAACAUGACCACCUUUUCUCGCUUAAUGAAACUCCUGGACAACUAUGAGCGGUCUACAGGCAUCACGGAGCGAGUCACAACAGAGGAGCAGACAGAGAUCAGUCUCUUCCUGGAUGCUGUUUUAGAAACUCAAGUUAUGAAGCGUGCCCAUCAGUAUCUGGUGAGCAAAGGAAAGUCCAGGUCUGACUUGAGGCUGUUCAAGAGUCAGCUGAGCUUGAUCUGGUUUCAUCUUUACCACCGACAGAGGAACACGGGCCCAGACUCUUGUGGGUUUGAACACGUUUUUGUUGGUGAAACCAGAUCUGGAACAGAAAUAAUUGGCUUUCACAACUGGGUUCAGUUCUACCUGCAAGAGAAAAACAGCCAAUUGGAUUACAAGGGAUACAAGGCCAGAGAGCACGACUUGCCUGACCAGGAUGACCACGUUUUGAACCUCCAGUUCAGCUGGCACGGUGUGCUGAAGCCCGUCGGCAGUGCCUUCAUUGGGACCAGCCCUGAGUUUGAGAUGGCCAUCUUCACCAUCAUCUUCCUGAUGAACACAGAGAGGAGCACCACAGUGCUGGUCAACAUCGACCAGUGUCAGCUGGAGCUGGUGGUCGUCAGGCAGGGACGUUGUCUGGGGACGGCAUACCCCAAACUGCUCAGCAGCAACAGCAGACAUGUCAGGGGGCACGCUCGCUGACCCUGUCCACACCUGAAAUGACAGGUGGUGUCUGUAUGGAGGCAGCAAACUGAACAUCCAUCAUGACUGUUCUAAACUUUAUUCAAAAAUGUAGAAGAUGCUUUUAAUAGAAUAGUUUGUGUUGCUUUUAUCAGCAUAGCGUUAGAGGAUCAAUUGAUUCAAUCAGAUUCCUUAGUUUUUUCCUCUGCUUUAGUCAAAACCAAAAGCAUUAAUUCUAAUUAAUUUUCUAUUUAUGCUUGAAAAAGUCAACGUGUUUUUCCAGUACAUUAAGUUACUUUUUGUUUGUUUCUCGUACUAAAUAAAACAACUAAGUAAAACAAUCAAAAA